GUUCACCUCCUCGUCAAGCGGCAGGCGACUAACUAACUCACUAACUAAAUAACUAACUAACGCCGUGGAAACGCCACACUUGGGGAAAAAACCGUUAUGUUUUAUCGCCAACUUGCUAUUUUCCCUGCGGUUUUGUUGUUUCUUUGUGUGGAGUCUCCUUGACUACGAAGUUGGGAUCAAGUGUUCGAAAGUGGAUAUUUAUUUCCCCCCGCAGGAAAGUGGAUAUUUGCCCACUCCACGCACCGGAAAUGAUUCCCUUGCUUUUGGCUACUUUGGCGAAGACUUUGUGACUAUUUGGCUACAAUUGGGAGCAUCUAACCGUGUCCGUGGAACAAUAGUGAACGUGACACGAGAGAAAGCCUACCUCGAGGGGGGGGGGGUCCAUGCCUCGAGGGGGGGCUUUGUUCCGUGGAUCGAUUCAUUGAUCGAUUCAUUCAUUGAUCGAUUCAUUGAUCUUCAGAGCAGGUCAGCAUGGAUGUGACUCUGUCCGAGCUCCUGGUCGCCUUUUUGGACUCACCGCUCGUGCUGUGGGUGCGGACGUUAGGGCCGCUGGGGUCAUGUGACCAAGUGGGCUGCGAGGAGCGUGUCAACAUCUUCAUCGAGCUGGUGGAUGGAGUCUUCUUGCACAACAUCAUGACACACAUUGACCCCAGCCCCAAUAACCAGAGGCUGAACAAGAAUGUGGGAAAUGAUGUGUCACUUCGCCUUCACAACUUGACUCUUCUCACCAGACACAUCAGGACGUACUACCAGGACACCCUUCAGCAGUUAAUAGUCAUGCCCCUUCCAAACAUUGUCUGCAUUGCCAGGGAUCCUUUAUCAGCAAAGAGCAUGGAGGAGCUGAAAAGAUUGUUACUGUUGAUCCUGGGUUGUGCCGUGCAGUGCGAGCGUAAGGAGGAGAUGAUUGACAAGAUCAAACUGCUGGACAUUGAGACCCAGGCGGCCAUUGUCUCCUACAUCCAGGAGGUGACACACAACCAGCAGAACGUCCUUGACCUGUCAUGGCUGGAGGAAGAAGCAGGACUUGCACAGGAAGUGCUGGAGCCUUUGUCUCGCAGCAUGGCCACGUCACUGCGCCACCUGGUGGAGCAGAGGGACCUGGCCGGUGAGUUGCUAGUGGAGCUGAGCAGUGAGAGAGACUACUUGGAGAGAGCAGACGUGCUGGUGAAGAAUGGAGGAGCAUCCUUGAGCAAAGAAGAGAAGCAGCAUGUGUCCGUGGAGUUGGCUGACACCAAGGCCAAACUUCGCAGAUCCAGACAAGAACUGGAGGAGAAGACGGAGCACUUAAUGGAUUCCAGACAUGAGGUGGAGCGUCAACAUCAGGAGCUCCAAAGACUUAAACAAGAGAACCAGUCACUGUCCUGCGAGGCUCGCUCAGUGCGGCUUUAUCGGGACGAAGUGGACUCUUUGCGGGAGAAAGGUGCCCGGGUGGAGCGACUGGAGACAGAGCUGAGUCGAUGUAAGGAGAAGCUGAAUGAUGUUCACUUCUACAAGGCCAGGAUGGAGGAGCUCCGUGAGGACAACCUGACUCUGCUGGAGACCAAGACCUUGUUGGAGGAGCAGCUGGCGGCCUCCAGGGGGCGCUGUGACAAAGUGCACACCUUGGAGAAGGACAACCUGCUGAUGCAGGCCAAAAUACACCACUUGGAAAUGGAGAGAGAGAGUGAGCGUCAGAGAGUGGAAGAGUUACAGGAAGAGAACAUGCUGCUGGAGAUAGGACAGAAACAGAGUAUGAACGAAUCAGCUCAUCUUGGAUGGGAACUGGAACAACUCAGCAAACACCAGGACAAUUGUAGCUCAGAGACUCGGAAAUCCUUCGUACACGAGCUCAAUGAGUGUGUUUCCAGCCGGGUUUUAAAGCUGGAGAAGGAGAACGGGGAGCUCCAAGCCUCUGUUGAGAGACUGAAAGAAGAGAAGCACCUCCUGCAGGAGAGAGAGCUCCAUGGCCAAGUGCUGGACCGAGAGAACCAGACUCUCAGCAAGAAGGUGGAACAUCUCCAGGCCUUGUUGGACCAGGAGAAAGUGACCAACCAAGACAUGGAGUCUCUUGGAGAGGAACUGUUGAAGGACAAAAACCUUCUGGAAAGACAGAUGCAUCUUCUAAAAGCAGACAAAGACAGACAGAUCUCUGAGUUGGAGAGCAAGAAGCAGAACCUGUCUGACGCGGUGGUCUCGCUCCGUGAGCGCGCUCAGGCCAACGGUGAGACCGCGGUCCCCCAGGUGGAGGCCGAGAACCGCCUGCUACACCAGCGCUUUACCGACACCAGCGCCCGCUUAGCCAGCCUGGAGAUUGAACUCAAGCUUUCCCAAGAAGAAGAAGUGCGUCUGAGGGAGAAGGCGGGGAGAUGUGAUGAAGUGGAGAGUGAGAUGGCUCGGGUGGAGAGAACCAGGGACGCUCUCAGCAGAGAGGUGGCAGCUAUGCAGGCCUGCAGUGAGACUUCAGAACUUCUGGAGAAGCAGGUGUCCUCCAUGCAGCAGGAGAUGCACAGACUCAAACGGGAGGCAGAGGAGGCCGAGCAAGAGCUUCAGCAACUGAAAGCAGAAAACCUGGAGCUCCGUUGCUCUGUGGAAAACCUGCGUUCAUCUUCUGAUCUCCUCACCAAACAACUGGAGGAAACCAAGGAGGUGCGGAGAGAAUCGCAAGAGGUGCAGAGAAGGCUUGAGGAGGUGGAGGCGGAGUUGCAAGGAGAGAGGAAGAGAGCCGAGAGACUGGAGGCGAAUGUAAACCAGGAGAAGUUCCACCUCAAGGCUGACGUGGAAAAGUUCAAGGAGGAGAGAGACGAACAAGCCCGAGAGAAGAAGGGAGCCUUGAGUCGGCUGGAGGAGCUGAAGAAGGAAAUAGAGCAGCUCAGUCGGGAGCAGAGGAGGCGAGAGGAAGGAGACAAGGACAGAGAGAGGCUUCAGCUGGACCUGGACCAGGCGGACAAGAGUAGGAAGCAUCUGGAGAAGGAGAGCUGGAGGAUGACAAUGCUCCUGGACAAUAAGGAGGCUGAGCUGGAGGAGAAGACCAGGCAGUUGGCGAGCGUGCAGAGGGAGAUCCUGGCUCUGAGCAGAGAGGCGGAUCGGCUGAAGGAGGUGGCGCUCAAGGCCAAGGAAUGGGAGAGAGACUACAAGGAGCUGCAGAAACAGGCCACCAUGGACAAGAGGACUUUGGCUACUCUGAGAGAGGAGUUGGUGUCCGAGAAGUUGAGCGUCCAGCAGCACAGUUUGGAGUUGGAGAGACUCAAUGAAGAACUGGAGAAGGUUGGACUCACCCGAGAAAGACUACUGCAGCAGGAGCAGUCCUUGGAGGAAAGCAAAUACAAGCUGCUUGAAUCCCGACUUGAGGAAACAGUGCAGCAGGCGAUGAAGAUGAAAGAAGGGAAGUUGUCUAGUCUGCAGAAGAAACUGGAGGAGAGCAACAGACACAACACAACUCUACGUGCUCAACUAACUGCUGCUCUCCAGAAAGGAGAAGGUCACCACCUGCAGGAGUUCUCCAAAGAUGAGCGACGAGACUCGGCCACCACUGAGUUGCUUCACAUCAAAGAUCAUCUCAUUGAUGUGGAAAAGAGUAACGCCUCACUUCAGACUCAGAGUCGAUUAUUAAUGGAACAACUCAAACAACUGGACAACCAAAACACUUUGCUGAACAAUCAGAUGGCGACACAACAGCGACACACCACAACACUGCAGGAGCAGAACACUUCUCUGCACACUCACACUGCACAACUGCAGGUGGAAAACUCCACGCUGUCUUCCCAGAGUGCAUCUCUCAUGGCCCAGAAUGCCGUGCUGCAGGGCCAAGUCAGCGCCUUGGAGACAGAGGCGGAGUCGUGGCAGCGACAGCGCGAGGAGGCAUGGCGAGGGCGGGAGAGUGUCCUCGACGACCACGAGCGCCUCCUGAGCGUCCACGAGAGGCAAGCGCAGGAGUACGAGCAGCUCAUCAGUCAACACACCGCUCUGAAGGUCAAGCAGAGGGCGCAGGAGAUGGAACACAAAAGCACAAACAGCAAGUAUUGCACCUUGUUGCAGCAGAAGGAGAAAUUGGAGGAGCUGGCAGGACGUGGUGAGAAAGAGAGAGAAGAGCUGAGCCAAGAGCAGCAGAAGAAUGGACUCCUCCAGCAAGAGAACCUUCAGCUGAGAGCUGAUGUGGACAAGCUGUCACAGAGCCAAUCCCAGCAGUCUGAGCAGUGUGACAAACUCCAGCAGCGCAUGAACCAACUCAAGAGUUUGCUGAGCGCUGGCCAGCUGGAAGUAAGUAGCUGGAUGAAACGAUACGACUCGCUGAUGGAGCAACACCAGGGUCUGGACCUCACCAUGACCAAAGUAGAAAACCGCUGUGAGCUCUUAGGUCGUCUGAAAGGCAACCUGGAGGAGGAGAACCACCACCUGCUGAGUCAGAUCAACCUGCUGAGUCAGCAGAACCACUCCCUGCUGGAGAGGAGCAUGGAGAGCAAAGAGCUGUCUCACCAGGAACAGAAAGUCUACAUCGACAAGCUGAACGCUCUCCGUCGCCAGAAAGAGAAACUAGAAGAGAAGAUCAUGGACCAGUACAAGUUUUAUGACCCCACACCAAAAAAGAGGAGUCAGUGGUCCGGAGCCAAAGCUUUGGCUAAAUUCAUCAAACCGAGAAAGGAGAACAGCAGAGAACGAGGCGGCGAGCGAGACAAGGAAGGGACCAAAGACCGAGAACGAGCCAAGAGCGCCCCCGAUAUCCCCCUCCCUGCACCCCCGCCCUUACUCCCGCCAGAAACCCCGCCCCUCCCUCCCCAGAGGACAGGAAGUGACUCCCAAGACAAUGGCCACACCCACAGCAGUCCUCGCCUGGGCCCCCAGAGUCCACCGUUGACCCCCAGCAGCCGAGGUGUGGCAGACCGAGGACGAGGGCUGUAUCGCAGUGGUGAAGAUCCACAUGGACCAGGUGUGUUCUUAGACCAAGACAAUGACAGGGUGUUUGGUCACAUGGGAGGUCGCCCGGGGUCAGCUGACCUCAGUCAUCACACCUCCAGCUCCAACUCACCUGUCAAAUGCAAAGAUGCACCAGACUGUCAGCGCUGGUCAGGCAGUCUGUCCAGCGAUGAUGUCAUGGGUCUGAGCCAGUCUCAGCAGACUUUGUCCCGGAGUGCGACCCUCCCGUAUGACCAGUCACCCCAGCAGGCUCAGCCACAGCGCAGGAACAGGAACAGAACUCGACCCUCAUCUCCUGGAAGUGAGAUGGUGACGUUGGAGGAGUUUCUGCAAGAGAGCAGCGUGAAGUCGCCACAAAUGGUGUCCAUGGGAAGCAAAGAGGACCUGAUGAAGGAUUACUUCACCAGAAGUCCAGAUCCCACUGGCAGCGACCAUGUCACCCCCACCAGCUACGUCACACCCACCGUGCACACCCCCAACCAGAGACCAGGCCAGAGUGUCAAGCCGUCUCCCCGGCAGCCUGUGGGUCAAUCCCCAGGCUCCGGUCGGCCGAUGACACCGAGAAGCAACCAGUCUCUGAGCAGGACCUUCAGCCUGGCCUCUGCCGAUUUGCUUCGCUCUAAUGGGCCGGACGGUUUCCGGGACGGCGGGUCCCCUAAGCAGUCGGAUCUGGUGAUUCGACGGCAGGGAGGGGCUAAAGGGCGAGAGAGACCACUGUCCGCCCGUUUGGCCGGGUCAACCAAUCAGCCGGGGGACGGCAGCUUCCUGGCCUCACCCGUCCACCACUCGUCUUCUCUCACCCUGCAGACCGAGAGGGAAUGCGAUAGAGGGCGGACUCCUGUGUCGCAUAACGCCCCGCCCUCCUCAUACCAUCAUCGUGGUGAGGUUGCCAUGGUAACCCCCGUGAGGGCCGUAUCCGCUACCCAGCUGGGCGAGGCCUCGGCGCAGGACGCCCACUCCAGUGACUCUUGCCAGAGUGGAGACGCCGAGAGGCCAGGAUGUAGCACAGUCCAACGGCCAACAAGCACACCGGCCUCCCCGGAUCCCAACAACGACCCCCAGACCGUGUGGUAUGAAUACGGCUGUGUCUGAACGCUCUCUGCUCUUUCCAACCAAAAGACUAAAACUCUCACAUUUCAAUAUCCAAUGUGGCAACCGUCGGUCAUCUCUAACUGCAAGUCUGACCAAAUCCAAGGCAAUGAAGCCGGAGUUCAGAACACCUUUUUAAAUGCUUCUCUUUUGGGUCCACAGCGGAAUGAGAUCACUUAACCCGGAAAACCGUCCUAGGCCACAUUGACUGUCUAGAAACGAAGCAGCCACCAAAGGACUUCCAGUAGAUGACUGUUUUACUUGCGACACUAAUGGUGCCUUCACACUUGUCAUCCUGUGAAAACAGACUCUUUGCUACUACGCUUCGUUUAGUCAAGUGUAAAGGACCGGACCAAACUAGCAGACCAAGACCACUUGAGUGAUGGGUGUAGGUGUAGUCUUGGACUACAAACCGCAGAACGCAAACCACAGAAUUGAUGUCGGUGAAGUCGUCCCAGAUGCCUUCGUAUUGCAGAACAUCGCCAUCUACGUAUGUGUUCCACGGAGGAACUGCAAAAAAGCCUCUAAAAUGUGGCCAUCAAAAGUAAAGUUCUUCAACCGUAAGUCCAGUAAGCCAGAAGACAUGGUGUUGUUCACGUGUUCCAAUCGUCUGCUGACAAAUGUUCAGGUGUGACCUCACACACUCCUGAACAUUGUUGGUCUGGAUCAGUUAGGGACUACAAGUGUGAAUUGUCCAGACAAACCUCUAUGUAGAGAUUCCAAGCACCUAAUUCAAGGGGAACUAUCAGAAGAACUGAAUGCUGUGUGGAACAAACACUGGAAAAGGUGAGAGGCGGUGAAGUGGUUGGCAGAACAAAUACGUGAAACGGAGAGAGAAACCGAAGGACGAGUUAGAGAAACAGUGGAGAUCGCGAGCGUUUUGUCCCGGUUAAACCACAGACCACCUUCGGUUUUUGUCUCAGCAUUCGACACUUUACCGGAAAAAGAAACACACGUUAUUUUCACUGAAGCCAUAUUUCAACCUAGAAAUAGGUUUGAACUCCAAGCAGAACACUGGUAGAUGUGCAACAGUACGCCAUCAAUGCAACAGUACGCCAUCAAUGCAACAGUACGCCACCUUGCUUCUAAAGUCCCAGUUGGGUUCGUAAUGCGAAACAUACAACUUUGUAGAUUUGUGAAACGUCUUUAAUGUUUUGUUUUCUAAAUGAAACCCAAGAAAGUGUAGCCCGCUAAAAGGAAAGUGCAAUAGUCAGUUAUUUUAUUUCCAUAAAUGAGAGUUCCGUAUAGCCUGAUGGUUGAAGCUUGCAGUCCUCCACUUGUUUACACGACUGCUCAAUUCCCGUUGUUUUGGCCGUAUGACACCUGUAUCACACUUGUCCAGGUCCGUGUGGACGGUGCCAUUCCCAAGUCUUUCAUAUCCCAUCAGUCUUCCAAGUCCGUGUGGACGGUGCCAUUCCCAAGUGUUUCAGAUCCCAUCAGUCUUCUUUGGUGUGUGGAAAUACAAUGAACGCUCAGAGCGCAUCCAUCCCACAUCAUUGUUCACCAAAAUAGACGGUUACUAAACAAAUAGUUGACAACGGAGCAGCAAAACGGGUGAAAAUGAAAUGUUUUAGGAACUCCGACACUCCCAUCUCUGACUCGUCGCCCACAGACACACUCUUCAAGCACACAUCUCAGCAAAAUAUCCCGUAAAAGUGCCAGAGCCAAAAUACUUCUUCAUCUUCUCCGCACAAUAAUUAGGUGGAGAAAAUGUUGACUUUGAUUGCACAAAAUCAUGAAAAGUGCGACUCAAGUGGAAGGCAUGUUUAAGUGGAAGGCAUGUUUAAGUGGAAGGCAUGUUUAAGUGGAAGGCAUGUUUAAGUGGAAGGCAUGUUUACUUGGGUCAACAUACAGGUCACAUUGCCUUCACAUUAGAAAUAUUUUUUUCAAUUCUUUAUCUGAAAUAAGGGGGAACCCUUAUUUAAAAAAAAAACGGUCUUGCCUCAACAAAACAAUAUUGGUCUUGUAGUUGUAGGAUUAUGUCUCAAAACCUCACCAGGAGUCUCAACAACACCCGGAAAUGACAGAAAAUGUUUAUUUUUCGAAAACUUUUUUUUGCUAAAAUGUCAUAAAGGGGAACCCUUACACAAAAAUUUUAAAAACUGUCUUGCUUCCACUAAAAAUAUUGGAUUUGACAAAAAAAAAAUCAGAACUGUUGUGAACGUAGCCCUAUUUCCCGUCUCUACUGGACAACAAGCUUCUUUCAACUUGUCAAAUACCUGAAGGCCAGGUGUUCCAAAUCAGGCUCUGGCUUCUCCUUGGCAACAUCGCCAGCCUCCAACCAACUUCUUGUCCCUCACUUUUAUUGUGUACACACAAAAAAUGCACGUUUUCUCUUCUUGGGUGUUGUUGACAAAUGUUGGAGUUAGGAAAUAUUCAUCCUGAUUGGAGUUUUACAAAAAAACAAAGUACCAAACGGAAGACAAAAAGUGGACAAUAUUGCAAUGGUUGUUUCCAGGAACUGAAUCAUGGCUUUGCAACACUAAGGAGCUAAAAAUGCUGGUUUCAUUGUGUACCGCACACCAUACCAAUAGAUCCAAGGACGAAUAUAUGAACCGUGACAUUCCUAUUCCUAUUAUUUUGCGGACUAUAGUACACACUGGUAUAUUAGCCACACCCACUAACGUUUAGAAGACAAAAACAUGUUUCCAAAUAUUAGCCACAAGCCGCAGAUAUAUACCUUGUGAAAUUAGUUAUUUACACAUAAAUAUUUUGUAAAUGUUUAUUUACAUACCUUAAUUGUUCCAAAUGGUGUCUGUAACACGGCAGUAAAACGGCUCAUCAAACAAAACAGAAGUCAUGGUCAUGGACCCACUAGCUGUGCAAGCUAACUCUCAAUCAGCUAAACAGACUCAAUAACUCCACGCUGAUGUUUUGGUGAGUUUAUGAAAGUGAAACAAUACAAAAAGAAUUGUAAGUUGAUAAUACUAACAAAGAUACUCGUAAACGUGUUAGCAUAUUAGCUAAUGCUAACGACGCUAGCUUCAUUACAUCACUAUAGCAGGUACAAACAUGCAUGAAAACACUCCUACAGACAUCACACAUGGGACGCUUUACUGAGUAGGAAUAGUUUUAGUUAUAUUGUAAAUCUUACAAACGUUGCUUGGCGUGAUGAAUGAAGAAUCC